UUCUCAUCUUCUUCUUCUCUACACAACAUUAAUUGUAGAUUUUCAAUUUUCUAGGGAAAAAAAGAAAAGAAAGACUGAAAGAUUGAGAGAGAAAAACACCAUCACAAGAUGGGGAGAGGGAAAAUUGAGAUCAAGAAAAUAGAAAACUUGAAUAGCAGGCAAGUCACCUUCUCGAAAAGGCGUAACGGGUUGCUGAAGAAGGCUAGGGAAUUGUCAGUUCUAUGUGAUGCUGAGGUUGCCGUCAUAAUCUUCUCCGGUACCGGAAAGCUUUAUGAAUACUCAAGUACUAGCAUGGAACACACUCUUGCGAGGUACGGCAACGGCCUUGACUUGGAAUGUCGUGAACAUCAUAUAGAUGACAGUGGAGUCGAGUCUGAUAAUGUGAAUGCAAUGAAGGAAGAGAUCGAGAGGCUGCACUUGUCAUUCCUGCAAAUGAUGGGAAAGGAACUGGAUGGGUUAACCUUCAAGGAGCUGCAGAACUUGGAGCAUCAAUUAAAUGAAGGAAUAUUGUCUGUUAAACACAAGAAGGAACAAGUGCUCUUAGAGCAGCUUAAAAGGUCGAGGAUGCAGGAGCAAGAGGCCAUGCUAGAGAAUGAAGCUCUACGGAAACAGAUUGAGGAAUUUGGAAGGUCAAAGUCACAGCGUUUCAUGGAAUUCAACCAUUCAGAGAGAAAGUUGGGACCCUUCAAAAGUUCAAGACCUAAUUAUGCAGAAGAUGACAAUGAGCUCUCUGAGACUUCAUUGCAGUUAGGGUUGUCAUCGGAUUAUCAUCGCAAGAGUAAGGCUUCGAAGAGGAACGAAUCUGUAUGCAAUGAUUCGGCAAGUCAGGUGGCCUCAGAGUGACACAAUUAUUCAUCACCUCCAUCAAUAAUAUAUAUAUGUAUGUAUGUAUCUAUGUAUGUACAAGACUUAAUUUUGAAGCUUUUUCGAAAAUAAUUUUAUGAAUAAUAAUUUAAACGUUGCUCAUUCAGUUAA